GCCCAACCCGUCCGUGAAUUGACCGCACCUCUCAAAUCACUUAUCGGUUUCAUCGUCGAGCAGGCCUUCAAAGGACUCGCCGAGCCUUUCGUGAAUCAUGGAACAAAACCCGGUGACACAAUCUACCAGUUUGGAUGCGGUCUUGGACUGCGAAAUUUGCGACGCGAUCUGGAGUCGCCUUUCGGGACCCGAUGGAAAUAGAACAGACCCAGAAAUCAAACUAGGCUCGUUCGAAGAUGCUUUAUCUACCGGAUGUAUAAGGCACAAGCAUUUAGUCGAAUGGUUCCAGAGAUAUUGCAACGAGAAGGACCCAGCUAGUCCCUUCAAUACCCGACCGGACAGAAAAGAUCUCGGCAUCAGAAUCCGUCGACCUGGCUCCCUUACGUUCACACAAUCAUUAGAAUACGGUGGGCUGUACGCCGAUCUAUUGCUAAUGCGGAGAGAAUCUGUCCAGCACCAUCCAGGUAUCGCUCGUGCCUUGGACCCUAAGUGGCUUGACAUCAGCGCGGUGAACCACUGGCGAAACGAAUGCGCGUCAUUGCAUGGAGCAAGUUGCGAAAAUCCAACAAAGAUAUGGCCAGCACGUCCAGCCUGGGUCGUUGACACAGAGAAUAGGUGUUUAGUGCCUGGCAAGGACUGCGCAUCAUACGUGACACUGAGCUAUCGGUGGGGAAAGGCCCGCGGCCUGGAGAUACAGCAGGAUACCAUGGCCAAACUCCGGAGGCGUAACGGGCUUGACGAUCCCUCCAUUUGUUCACAGCUUGCGCCUAUAGUUCGGCAUGUUAUCUCACUGGCGUCCAUGAUUGGCGAGAGGUAUCUUUGGGUUGAUGUUCUCUGCAUCGAUCAUUCCCGGGUAUCUGAGAGCACAAGGCAACUUGAACUCAUGGGAGCUAUAUAUGCAAAUGCCUCAUUGACCAUCGUGGUCUUUGAUGUCGAUGCUGAAGAAGGUCUCCCAGGCUUGCAAGGCGUCUCGCGCGGUAGAAAUCGCCCCGAUCAGCUCAUCCCGUUCGGCGAGGAAAACUUUGUUCAUGACAAACAUAGCUACUUCGAAUUCAGCAAUUGGGGCGACUACCACGAGCGGGGGUGGACCUAUCAAGAAUUCGAAAUGGCAUCCAAACGCCUUAUCUUCAGCAAAGGGUCCGUACACUGGAUGUGUCAACGCAGUGUGUGGCAAGAGCAUCUACAUCUCGGAGUGGAAGCUGAUAAAUACAUCAAUCCCCGUUUGGGAGAAAUUAUGCGCGGCAUGCCGAAUCUUCUGUCCCUUGGAAACCUACUCGGCAAUUACAAUGAAAGAGCACUGACAUAUGACGAGGAUGCUCUCCCAGCAAUAUUCGGCCUACUUACCGUCUUCAGCCGUUGUUUCACAGGAGGAUUUCUAUGUGGAAUCCCGGAAAUGUUCUUCGAGGCGGCGCUGAGUUGGCGGCCGCAUUGGGACCACAUUGAUCUCCGACGACGAAUACCCUCUGAUAACCCUAAAUUGGGCCAACUACGUCCCUGUAAACUUCCGUCUUGGUCAUGGGUAGGAUGGGAAGGCCUUGUGGAUAUUUCACAAUAUGAAGCUGGCCCCGCAAAUCCGAGGGCUUGGUGGAUCAAAGAGACAAUUCCCAUCACUGAGUGGUAUACUUGCGACUCCCCGACCUCGUUGGAGAAGCGAAGAAUAAGAAGCUCUUGGUUCGAAACACGCGAGGUUUACAAAGACUCUGAAAAGCCUCUGCCUCCAGGUUGGACUCGACACGCCAUCUCGGAGGCAGCUAACCAAGGAGAGGGAAAGCUUAAGGAUGACGCACUGCUUUACCCCGAUGGGUGUGACAGAUACAUCUUUCGGCAUGAGAGUAUGUCAGAUAACAAUGACCAGGAGCAUCCCUGGUACUGGCCGUUUCCCGUGCCAGACAUCAAGGAGUCGACGCAACCAUUCAUGCCGGAGCAAACAUCAUAUCUCUCCUGUGCCACCCAUCGUGCCCAUGUUUUUGCCUUUCAGGCGGGAGAGGGGAACAGGGCCACCAUUUACAGCAAUGAAGACAAGGUCAUUGGAACUUUGAGACUACACAACAAGGAGCAGCUGCAACGUUUCCCUCGGUCAGACGAGGGGUGGGCUGCAGCGGCUGAGGUCGAGUUAGUGGCCAUUUGCCGGACACGCUACUAUCACAAGACUUUUGAUGAAGGCCUCCGAUUGUACACGGGCCCUAUCAAGAAAUGGGAGGAAUACACAGUACUGUGGGUUGAGUGGAUCAACAAAGUGGCAUACCGGCUGGCAGUAGGCCAAGUCCACAAGACUGAUUGGGAAGCGUUGGAGCUAGAAGACAUUAAUCUUAUGCUAGGGUAGCAAUGGGACCCAAACCUGGGACAAUUGAUGCCAGCUGGCCAUCAUCGAG